AUUGGCAAUAAUUGAUGAGUAAUGAUGAAAUAAUUUCUAGGGUGAUAAAAUGGAAGAUGUUUAAAGAUAUAAGAAAAUUAAGAUCUCUAAGAGCCUAUGAUACAUCAUAAAUUUAUAAAUUAUUUCAAUAGUCAUAUGGUAACUUCAAAAUAGAACGAGUUUUAUUCCAUUUUUGUUAAAAACUAGAUGUUAUCUUUCAUCUUCAGAAGACUUGUGAAAACAAACAAAAGUCAUGAAAUACCAAUCCUUACAAAUUGUUAGAACUUCUCAGGAAAACAAAACAAAACAAACAAACAAAAAAAAACACCUUCAAAAUCUAAAAUUGAGUCCAAUGGACCCUGAUAACAUACUGAAAGUUAAAUCACAUUAAUAGAUUUGGUCGUUUCCUGAAGCUUUCAAAAUCUGGCUCCCUAGAAAACUGCCCCACAAAAAGAUUCUUCCUUCAGCCACUUGACAUCCAACCAUUCUCCAACCAAAGUUAAAACCCACCCAGAGAGAGCUCUGUCAUACUAUUCCAGCACCACAGUGCCUGCCUCUGGGCCCAACCAGUACUCUCCAUGGAAGCCAGGCAGCCCCUUGCCUGGGAUACGUUCUCCUGGAGUUUGUCUCAAGAUACAACAAGGAAGCAAAAAUUAUGACCCGUGUGAAACAGAGAGGCCUUCUGGGAUACCAUUCAGGCUUCAGAGAAACGCGUUCACAAAACUCAGACUACAGUCAGAUGCCCAGUGUUUACUACUUUAUAUUCCUUCCAGUGAAUUGGUUUAUUGUGUUCCUACUCUCUUGGGGUUUUUUUUAAUGCUUUUUUUCUUUUGUAUUUCCAGUCAAUCCAUGAAUGGUUUGACUAUUGAUCUGUGACAGAGAGGAAAUGCCCAAUUCACAAAAGCGUUGUGUUCCAACACUUCCAAAGUUGGUUGUUUGGGGAACUCAGAAUAUAUUUUCUUCCAAGAAACAAUAUUAUACAUGAUAGGUUUACAGGACAGCACCACAAAAUCCUUCUUAACUCAUUGUGUUGUUGGGCACUGCACUUUUAUGGUAUGAAUUAGUAGAAUAUAAUUUGGUUAUAGUAUUGAGAAUAAGCAAACCCAGGCCGGGCGCGGUGGCUCACACUUGUAAUCCCAGCACUUUGGGAGGCCGAGGCGGGCGGAUCACGAGGUCAGGAGAUCGAGACCACGGUGAAACCCCGUCUGUACUGAAAAUACAAAAAAUUAGCCGGGCGUGGUGGCGGGCGCCUGUAGUCCCAGCUACUCGGAGAGGCUGAGGCAGGAGAAUGGCGUGAAGCCGGGAGGCGGAGCUUGCAGUGAGCCGAGAUCGCGCCACUGCCCUCCAGCCUGGGCGACAGAGCGAGACUCCGUCUCAAAAAAAAAAGAAUAAAAAUAAAAAUAAAAAAAUAAACCCAAAUAUUGAAGAUAUAAUCUCCUUUCUCCUGAAUUAUAUUUAAUGAAAUAACCAGUUUAAUGAAAAAAAGAUAAGAGCAAAGAUAGACGCUUUUUUUUUUUUUUUUUUUUGGAGACAGGGUCUUGCUCUGUCACCCAGGCUGGAGUACAGUGGUGCAAUCAUAGCUCACGGCAGCCUCAACCUCCUGGACUCAAGCCCUUCUCCCAGAACUUCAGUCUCCCGAGUAGCUGGGAUUACAAGCACAUACCACGACGUCCGGCUAAUGUUUGUAUUUUCUGUAGAGACAGGGUCUUGCCAUGUUGCCCAUUGGUCUCGAAUUCCCGGGCUCAAACGAUCUACCCACCUCAGCCUCCUAAAGUGCUGGGAGAUGGAGGCUUUUUAGGGAGAGACCUCUGCUUGCAAGACAAUUUGGGAGGCCUGAUAGCAGCAGUUUGUUAUUUUUUUCUGUCUGGUUUCACCUUGAUACCUUUUUUCAUUUUCCUUCAUACAGGUAUGAUGCACAGGAGCCAGGAUUAGGGUAAAUUUGAGGCUCACAAAGGAAAACAGCAAAGGAUAGGGGGGCAAGAGGGAAAAUAAGUGUAAAAGAGAUCUCUUUGAUGGGGGGAUUAAGGCAUGUUAUUGCGAGGAGAUUGGCUAAAUCUGCAUUCAUUGAUUUGCUAAGAAAAGGAAAGGAAACUGGGGAGAAGGCUGGAGACCCAAUAUCAGAGCCUUCCUGGCAGGCUGAGUCGUGAGGACUGUGUAGACAGACAGUUCCCCCUCUGACCAUAAGGUGGUGCCAUCAGCCCAGACAGUCGGCCCCAAGGGGGCGGGGCGUGCAGUGGGCGGAGCUCCCCACGUGUAAGCCGUGUUCUCCACUUAGAUUCCGGAACUCAGAAAGCCUGGACCAGACAGCACGUGUCAACUUGCACAUCACUGACUCAGCACCCACGAACUGUGCCCAUCCGCUAAAGCCCCUUCGGCUCACACUCGAGCAAGAACACGUCUGUCUUGCUGGGCAUCAAGACGCACGUGAAGAUGCCAACUAAUUCCUUCCCAUUCCUCUCCUCUUUCUCCACAAUGGCAGCUCUGGGCCCCUGAGCAUUUCCUAAUUCCUAAAGAGAACCUAGUCUAAAGCGCCCUACAGUCUCAUCCUUAAAUACCGUCAGAUCUUCCGUGAGGAGCGCAAAUUUGUCACAAGGGGCCCAGCCUUGACAACAUGCCCUGGCCAACUUCCCCAGUCUGAUGUCCCACUUUCACACCUAACUGAGCAACCCCUAAUCCUGAUACAAAUCCCACCGGAUCCUCUCCAUGCAUUUAGCCCUGCUGGUCCUCCCACCUCCCAUGCCCACUUUUUUCCUUGCCUCCACUUGUCACUAUCCUCCCCCAUCCUUCGUGGUCUAACCCAAAUAUCCCCUCCCCCAAAACCUGCCACUCAGUGUUGACCGCAUGUAACUAGCAAAGUGGAUUUAGACAGGAAAACAUGGGCUCCAGGAGUCAACCACAGAAGGCCCUGGAUGACACAAGGUAGGUCAUGUCUGCCUCUUCGUGGCUGUGUGUGCAUUAAAUUGAGGAGGAGGGCCCAUCCAGACAGGUGCUGCUGAACCUCAGGGCAGCAGCAGCUGGUCCAUCCAAGAGACCUCCCAGGCCUCAGUUCCCAUCUAGGGAGGGCCCUAGGUCUGGAGGGACACCAAAGGCAUGAGUGUGGUGUGUGGUGCGGUGUCUGUUCUCAAGUCAUGUUAGCUAUAUAAUAGUAAUAAUGAUUAUUAUUACUGUCCCCUGCCCCACCCUCAUCAGCCACAGUCUGCCAAACUUGGCCUCAGUUAUAGAGCUAAAGGAAUCAGCCAGAAAGGGGGGGAAUCAAUCACAACAAAGUCACCAGUCUGAGCCCCCAUCCCACUUCUACCCCUGCGGCCUAGACUAGCAGUUCCAGCAAACUGCCUAGUGAUUCUGCAAGGGAAUUUUCAUAGCUCUGGAAGGUCCGACUCAGAUGGGCAUUCUUAUCUGGAUGCUUUGGACUUGGCUAAGUGGCCCACAGAUAAACCCUGAAGAACUAGUGCCUGUGCUUACAACACCUCCAAUUCUAGGUGCUAUGUGUUCUUUUGGUUCUAAAGGGGCAGUUAGCUCCGGUGGAAACCACGAAUGUCCGUUGGAAGGCAGGAGCAAACAGCCUCAGGACGAACUUUGAAACUAUGUAGGUCCUCUGAGGGCAGCCCCAGGGGCCCCAUGGUAGCAAAAGAUAGGCCUAGCCAAAGGCUGGGCAAAGCAGGAGCAGGGAGAAUUCCACCCGCCUGGCCAUCGCUCCAGGUAUCCUGGGAGGCCUCUGCCCAGCACACUAAGUGUCUGCGUCUGGCAAAAGAGGGCUUGCUCCUGCCCCGUGUAGCUCUCUCCUAUUUCUGCUUCGCAAAAAAAAAAAAAAACAGGUGACCAGAUGCCUUCUUAAUGUCAAUAUUGCUCAUGUUCUCACCUACAAAAGAGGCCACAUAGAAAGAAAGUCUACCCAGCUAUACCCAAAAGCACGAGUGGGACCAAAUGGCCACUUGUUCUCAGGAAAUUCAGAGCCUUAAAGAGUUAGUUAGGAGAGGCCAGAAUGCCGCUGUGUUGUUUGUUUGUUUGCUUUGUUUUUAAGGAUCUACAGGAGGUAGUUUUCCAUAAACUAAUAAAGGAAGCUAAGUUAACUAUGCAAACAAAAGCAGGGUGGGCAAUGUGAACUGGCCGUUUUAAUGUAUUUGUACCCGCACAUCCUUGCACAAAAGAUCCGAGGCUGCGCGGAGUAAUUGCUAUUAGAAUAGUGGGCAUGGUCCCCACCGCCGCAGGUUCGGACCUUCAAAGUGACAAUUUAUGGAUGCUCCCUGGCGCUCCAGCCCAGGGGAAGCCCACUCUGAAGACGCCCUCCCCAACCCCUCCUCUCCUUCCUUCCGACUCAGGAGAGCUCGACACGCCGGACAGCUGCGGCCAGCGAUGGUCAUCCUGGCCCCCCGCCUCCGCCUUCCCCACGCCCGCGUGCAGCCGGCACACGGGAAAGGAAAGCUUCGGAAGUCAAGCGCCAGCCGAAAGAUAACCUGCCCGCGUGUCUCCUCACCCCCUCCCCCAGCCGUGUCACAUGGCGGCCCCAACCAGGCGGGCAGUGCGCCCCGCCGCGGAGACCCAGGGCCGCGUCGCCUGGGCAGUGGGUGAUGAAACUUCCCAGGCGCAUUACUGCAGAGGGCGCGGGCGGGGCGCGGGGCGGGGGUGGGGGAUCGAGAGCUGGUACCCGGGCUCACCUGUUCUCCAGGAGGAGGGUGGGGACGGGGGGAGGGGCGAGUGCGCGCCAACGCCGGGUGAGUGUUCGGGGGCGCUCGGUCGCGGCGCUCGUGUCCCCGCCCUCCCCCAGCCCUGCGAGCCCCCCGAGCUGCGCCGUGGGGUGACGGGACCGAGAGCAGUUCCUGUCCCCGGCCCCGGCGCGGGGGAGACGUGAGCGUGCACACGUACACACACAGCAGGGGAAGAGGCGCUCCAAGCGGCGCCCAACUUUCUCCUUCCCUCCGCGGACCGGGUCAGAAAGUAGCCGGGGGCUAUCCCGACCCGGCGGUUCUUGGGGAGGGGGCCGAACAAGAAAAGGGAGGAAAUGGAGAUAAUUUCCUCGGAUUUAGCUUUUUUGUCUUUGUUUUUGUUCUCACCACUUCCAUCGGAUGACUGGAGAGUAAAAGGGAACCCGGAGCGGGGUGGCGAGCAGCGCUUUGAGAAAAUGCAGGAGUGUGUUUGGAGACGCGUAAAGUUGCCUUUCAAGCUCUGGCCUCCGGGCACGCGAUGCUCCGCGGCGGGCUGACUCAGGGCUGCCUUGGGCCUCCCUGCCACCCUCCUGGAAAUGAUGCAAGUCCUGACUGUCACCUGGAUCCCUGCAGCCCAGUCUGGAAUGCGUCUGGAUUAGGGGAAACACCAGAAAUGACACUCCAGGUGUUGCACGGCCCACCAAAGCGGGAAGAUAGGGCAGUUGCUCAGACCAAAUACUGUAUCUAGUGCUUCUGCUCCUAUCUUCAAUCGUGGGGUUCUUUUUAAUGCAAAGUGUCACAAGGCCAGGAAUUCCCAUGUGUGCUCAGUUGGCCCACAGCAUCAUUGUGCCUAGGAAACUGCUUCAAUCUAUCAAGUCCUCUGGGCUGGGAAUCUCACUGAAUUCCAAACGGCGGAAAGAGGAAACUUUCCCAACCCGAUGCGGGUGUGACGCGAGCCAGGGACCCCAGGGACACUGUCCCAGAGCAGACCGUCCCCCUUUAACAGCAACUGGAGCUUUAUAUUCUACAGUCCUUUCGACCAUUGCCCUGGAGCACCCGCACACGCGCACGCAUCUCCGGCCGCGCUCACACACACUCAUACACACGCACGCAAACGCGUGGCCGCCGCCAGGUCGGCAACUUUGUCCAGCGCUCCCAGCGGCGCUCGGCUUCCUCCUGUAGUAGUUGAGCGCAGGCCCCGCCUCCCGGCCGUGUUGUCAAAAGGGCCGGGGUCUCGGAUUGGUCCAGCCGCCGGGACAACACCUGCUCGACUCCUUCAUUCAAGUGACACCAGAGCUUCCAGGGAUAUUUGAGGCACCAUCCCUGCCAUUGCCGGGCACUCGCGGCGCUGCUAACGGCUUGGUCACAUGCUCUCCGGAGAGCUACGGGAGGGCGCUGGGUAACCUCUAUCCGAGCUGCGGCCGCGAGGAGGAGGGAAAAGGCGAGCAAAAAGGCAGAGUGGGAGGAGGAGGGGAAGCGGCGAAGGAGGAAGAGGAGGAGGAGGAGGAGGAGGAGGGGAGCACAAAGGAUCCAGGUCUCCCGGCGGGAGGUUAAUACCAAGAACCAUGUGUGCCGAGCGGCUGGGCCAGUUCAUGACCCUGGCUUUGGUGUUGGCCACCUUUGACCCGGCGCGGGGGACCGACGCCACCAACCCACCCGAGGGUCCCCAAGACAGGAGCUCCCAGCAGAAAGGCCGCCUGUCCCUGCAGAAUACAGCGGAGAUCCAGCACUGUUUGGUCAACGCUGGCGAUGUGGGGUGUGGCGUGUUUGAAUGUUUCGAGAACAACUCUUGUGAGAUUCGGGGCUUACAUGGGAUUUGCAUGACUUUUCUGCACAACGCUGGAAAAUUUGAUGCCCAGGGCAAGUCGUUCAUCAAAGACGCCUUGAAAUGUAAGGCCCACGCUCUGCGGCACAGGUUCGGCUGCAUAAGCCGGAAGUGCCCGGCCAUCAGGGAAAUGGUGUUCCAGUUGCAGCGGGAAUGCUACCUCAAGCACGACCUGUGCGCGGCUGCCCAGGAGAACACCCGGGUGAUAGUGGAGAUGAUCCAUUUCAAGGACUUGCUGCUGCACGAACCCUACGUGGACCUCGUGAACUUGCUGCUGACCUGUGGGGAGGAGGUGAAGGAGGCCAUCACCCACAGCGUGCAGGUUCAGUGUGAGCAGAACUGGGGAAGCCUGUGCUCCAUCCUGAGCUUCUGCACCUCGGCCAUCCAGAGGCCUCCCACGGCGCCCCCCGAGCGCCAGCCCCAGGUGGACAGAACCAAGCUCUCCAGGGCCCACCACGGGGAAGCAGGACAUCACCUCCCAGAGCCCAGCAGUAGGGAGACUGGCCGAGGUGCCAAGGGUGAGCGAGGUAGCAAGAGCCACCCAAACGCCCAUGCCCGGGGCAGAGUCGGGGGCCUUGGGGCUCAGGGACCUUCCGGAAGCAGCGAGUGGGAGGACGAACAGUCUGAGUAUUCUGAUAUCCGGAGGUGAAAUGAAAAGCCUGGCCACGCAAUCUUUCCUCCACGCCGUCCAUUUUCUUAUCUAUGGACAUUCCAAAACAUUUACCGUUAGAGAGGGGAGAUGUCACACGCAGGAUUCUGUGGGGACUGUGGACUUCAUUGAGGUGUGUGUUCGCGGAACGGACAGGUGAGAUGGAGACCCCUGGGGCCAUGGGGUCUCAGGGGUGCCUGGUGAAUUCUGCACUUACACGUACUCAAGGGAGCGUGCCCGCGUUAUCCUUGUACCUUUGUCUUCUUUCCAUCUGUGGAGCCAGUGGGUGUCGGCCGCUCUGUUGUGGGGGAAGUGAACCAGGGAGGGGCAGGGUAAGGCAGGGCCCCCAGAGCUGGGCCACACAGUGGGUGCUGGGCCCCGCCCCGAAGCUUCUGGUGCAGCAGCCUCUGGUGCUGUCUCCGCGGAAGUCAGGGCGGCUGGAUUCCAGGACAGGAGUGAAUGUAAAAAUAAAUAUCGCUUAGAAUGCAGGAGAAGGGUGGAGAGGAGGCAGGGGCCGAGGGGGUGCUUGGUGCCAAACUGAAAUUCAGUUUCUUGUGUGGGACCUUGCGGUUCAGAGCUCUUGGCGAGGGUGGUGGGAGGAGUGUCAUUUCUAUGUGUAAUUUCUGAGCCAUUGUUCUGUCUGGGCUGGGGGGGACACUGUCCAAGGGAGUGGCCCCUAUGAGUUUAUAUUUUAACCACUGCUUCAAAUCUCGAUUUCACUUUUUUAUUUAUCCAGUUAUAUCUACAUAUCUGUCGUCUAAAUAAAUGGCUUUCAAACAAA